AUGGAAACCGUCAAUGUAUGGCUGCCAGAGGAGCUCAAGCUGGAGGCACAGAUACGGAAUUGGAUCCUGGGAAUGCCAGAGGUGUGGCUCCGGAGGAUUGCUCUGCCUACGGUAGUCUCCGGUGCUAGAAUUGAGGGCUCGGAACACCAAGUGGAUGUCGUUAGGCUCAAGAUCUUGUACGAGGAAGGAGGUUCGUUACAAGCCCUUGGGGCUACGGGCAACAUACACUGA